AUGGUAGAAAAACGGAUAGUUAAUGAAGAAGAUGUGGAGAAGUGGAAAGAGUCGGAUACUUUCAAGAGUUUCGUUGAUUUCAUUGUUCAACUAGCCGAAUCCGUCAGAGGUAGGGAAAAUACGGAUUACGAUAAACCUAUUAGCGAUUCAAUAGAAGCUGUACAUAGGUUGUUGAAUACUGUAUCUUCAAUCAUUGAAAAACAUCCUGUUGUAAAAGAUGCGAAGAGUUCUAGGUUUGGGAAAGUUGAAUAUAGAGACUUUUAUGAUGAUAUUAAGGGUCAAUCCAGGGAGCUUAUUGCGGCGCUAAGUAAAGAUCUAAAAGCAGAGGAUAUUGAAGAAUUAUCAGUAUAUUUAAAUGAAUCUUGGGGCAAUCGGUUGCGUAUAGAUUAUGGUUCCGGGCAUGAGUUGAACUUUAUGUGUUUCUUAUAUGGUCUAGUCAACCUUGGCGUGCUGAAAAUGGAAACAGACGCUACUAAUAUAGUGUUACGACUAUUUAUUAAGUACUUAGAGGUCAUGCGACAGUUGGAAAUGACAUAUUGGCUUGAACCGGCUGGUUCCCAUGGGGUUUGGGGAUUAGACGACUACCACUUCCUUCCAUUUUUAUUUGGCGCCUUCCAGCUCUCCACACAUAAGCAUUUGAUUCCAAAAUCCAUUCAUAACGAAGAAGUGGUCGAAAUAUUUGAGGGGAAAUACUUGUAUUUUGAUUGCAUUGCGUUUAUAAAUCGGGUGAAGGUUACCGCAUCUCUUAGAUGGCAUUCCCCUAUGUUGGACGAUAUUAGUGGUGUUAAGACAUGGUCCAAGGUGGCAGAAGGCAUGGUAAAAAUGUACAAAGCCGAAGUGCUCAUAAGAAUGCCUGUUAUGCAGCAUUUUUACUUUUCGUCCUUUUUACCAGCACCGGAAGGCAUUUCUCCACCUAAAGACCCUCAAGCAGCGGACGAAAACAACUGCGCAGCUCACGCGCACAGCGGGUGGGGCGAUUGUUGUGGCAUACCAAUUCCAAGUGCCAUAGCUGCAGUUAAGCUGAAUAACAAUAAUAAACGUCCGUUACAGUCUGAUUAA